AUGGAGCGCACAAACGGGAACGGCUUUGGUCCUGCCACCCCAGGCACCAGGGAGAAGUUCGAAGAUGAGAAGCGUCGCAUCAUCGAGAGUUGCUUUAGCAAGAGGGAGCCGGAUGGGACGCUCCAGGAGACGUACAUCACCCACCUUCGCAUCACCGAAUUCUCGACGCAUCCUGCGACGCCGCCCCCUCCGCAAGCUCGAACUCCCGAAUCCCAAAAACCCCGAGCCAUCAUCAUCGCAGUCCGGAAAUCAGGCCGCGUCCGCAUGCACAAGUCCAAAGAAAACCCGAACGGAACCUUCUCCAUUGGCAAGACCUGGAACUUGGACGACCUCACGCACAUCGAGUCCUUUACCAGCCCGCAAGCCAACCCUCAGCACCGAGAAUGGGCUGGCGAUAACGGGUUCAUAGUCACCUUGGUGAAGCCUUAUUUUUGGAUGGCGCAGUCGGAUAAAGAGAAGAAGUUCUUCAUCGCCAGUAUGAUCAAGAUCUAUGGCAAAUAUACGGGAGGUUUGGUUCCCGAGCUCUUGGGUUUCGACCCCAGAGAGCUGGAGCAAGUCAUGGGAGCGGGCAAGCGGCCUCCCAACACCGGCGGCCACUAUCACAAUGGACCACCGCCAAUGAGGCCACCACCAGGGUCUGCGAUGCCACCACCACCGGGCAUGGCUUCUCCGCCAUCAAUGCCCGGCCACCCCAACUUCCCACCGCAUAUGCCUGGCGCUCACGAUGGCCCGCCUAGAACGACUAGAACCCCUCCAAUCCGACAGCUACCGCCCAGUGGCACCAAUUCCCCUGCUGGCAGCUUCGAUUCGUCGGCCUCGAGAGACCGGGAUAGGACCAACCUGCGAAAAGUGGUCCAGAAUAGCAAGAGUCAAGAGUCCAUGUCGAUGGCGGUUCGAAAUGGUCCACCGGCUAGUCGUUCGAGAGACGACCAGACACCCCCCAUGCCACCUCCGCUCAUGCGACCACCGAGCAGAGCUGCCCGAGAUGAGCAAGCUGCCCAGAACAUUUCCUCGCCAAGUCGAGGACUGGGAGAUCAAACACCCCCUGAGAGGAAGCGUCCUCCCAUGGACCCAACACGGCCACAAGAUAGAGACUUGGUGCCGGCACCUCUUAUUCCUGGCACUGGCGGCCCUGGCAAGAAGGAUCCCGUCAUCCCGCCACCACGAAGUGCAGAGCGAUCCGGACGCAAGAACUCUACCAGUCAAGGCCCCAACCAUCCUGCCGCCCUUAGCCCCGCUAUGGGAGCAGAUCCUACUCCCGCCGUACCUAUACAAAGUCCUAUACAAAGUCCCGAGGUUCCCAAAUCGGAUUCUAAUGCGGGUGGACUGAACAGUCUCCCGAUUCCUCCGGUUGUUAGCAUACCCUUGCCAGUAACGGGCAAAGACGGACUGUCGUUACAAACUGAUAUUGAGCAGCCAUCCAAGGUGUCACCCGCAUCAGCGGCAGCACCAACGUCGGGAACUCAGGAAGCAACAUCGGCCAAGGACGAUGAAACUAUCGCCAAGGAUGAAAGCAAGGCAGAGGAGGAGGAGAGACCUGGUCUUGGGCCUAUGAUCAAGUCUCCGAAGACGAAGGAGCAGGUUGCGGGAGCAUUCUGGAAGGCGGCAGCGGCGGCAGCAGCAUUUAAACCUCGUCGAGGAGGUGCCGGAGAGCGACUACGACUGGCUGCCCAGAAAGUUACCGACGGCCCAGACGGGAUCACGGACGUGGUUCCAGCACCCCCUAAGCCAGACACACCCAAGGAAGACUCUGCCCCUCCAACUCCAGAUGUUCCGGCGCGUGCUCCUCAGCGUCGCUCCAACAUUCCCGACGUCAAGGUUGCGGUGCCAACCAUCAAUCGCCCAUUGAGUGGCCAAGGCGCGUCAUCUCUUAUCAAAGAAGCUCCCGAGUCUUUCCCCAAGGAGCCGGCCCGGCCAGUCCGAGCUGUAGGGAAGGAUACAGAAUAUUUGCAGAGUCUCGGUGUUGACCACCGCAUUCUCGAUAACAGAAGCGAAGGAUUUGGUAGAUGGCUUGACCAUUUUGGCUGGAUUCCUGGUGAACAAAUGCAGUCCGGGAAUGUCGAUGACAUGAGGGCCGAUCUCGAACGAGAGUUGAACAAGACGCAGGCUGGUGGUUGGUUGGCGCGCUUCCAAGAAGAAGAUGACAAGGUAGACGCUAUCAAGUUGGGCAUUGAUGUCGCCAUCCUGGAAUGCGAGGAGCUGGACAACCUUCUAACAUUGUAUUCCGUUGAGCUUUCGACGUUAUCCGAAGAUAUUGCCUAUAUUGAAGCACAAGGCCAAGGUCUUCAAGUCCAAGCUGCAAACCAAAAGCUGCUGAAACAGGAACUCGAGUCUCUUCUUGAGACGUGUGCAAUCACGAGCACUGAUCUACAAGUGCUUCGCACGGCACCCCUAGACAAUAUCCAAGGCCUUUCUGAAGUUGAAAAUUCCUUAGUUGUCCUCUUCAAGGCUAUGAUCAAGAUUGAUCCCAGCCUCGGAGGGCGCGAUCCCGGAAAGGCUGGGGAUUCCUCAGUCGAUGACCAAGCCUUGGGACUUGAUAGUGACUAUGGGAACAUGAGGAUUGUUCAAGAAAAGAAGGAAAUGUACGUGCAAGAGAGCUCGCAGUUCAUGCAGCACCUCAUCGGCUUCAUGCCACAACAGUUCGAACUGGCACUUGCAGAGACGAAACAUGCUCUCAGUGGAGCUCUAGCAAAGAGAGGUGACUCGAGCCACCACGAAAGUGGUCGAGACGUCCUGUGGAAGUAUAGCCCCUUGAUGCUCUAUGCCCGAGACGUCGAUUUGAAAAGCUGGAGCCACAUGCUUGGCAUCUAUCAAGAGAAGAGCCAUCCUGUGUAUAAAAACGAAUUCCAGGGUAUCAUGAUGAGCUGCCGCAAGAACGCCCGCAAGAUGACGAGUGAGGAACAAGUAUGGCUUUUCACCACUCAAAUAGAAAAGCAGCAGGAGAACGUGGCGACAGCGGCUAGAAAGAUGACAGUGAAGCGAAGUCAGACGCUCGCCCGUGCUCUGCGAUCUCCCCUCUCCGAGGGUAAGGCUGAUCGCCAAAAGGCAGGGUCCGGGACCCUCCCAUGGGAAGUAUUCAGUACUGUUUUGGACGAGUUGCUCCCUCUGGUUGAAAUGGAACAAAACUUCAUCAUCGAUUUCUUCCAUGCUACGACGCUCGAGCAGACAGACUUCCCAGACGCGGUUGCUUCUAGCAUGCCCCAGGAUCGUCGUGGUGGUGAUCUCAAGAAACAUCGUAUCAUGGAGCCUGACCGUGAUCUCGCUAGGCGUGUCACACGGUCCAUGGAGACCAUUUUCUCAUUCUUGGACCAUGAUCUGCAAAAGCUGAUGGAGUGGGUCAUAUCGCAGGAUCCUUUACAAGGAGUGGGCAUGUUUGUGGCGGUUGAGAAGAAGAUGGCAGAUAUUAGCCAAACGAACCAAGACUUUAUCAACACAAUUUUCCAAAAACAGCACGGUCUGCUUGGUGGUCGGUUCAGGAAAUUUGUGGAUGAUCAAAUCCGGGCCAUUGAAGAGACAAAGGUCAAGAUCCACAAGCGCAAGGGAGUUAUUCAUUUCAUUCGCGUGUUCCCUGCUUUCUCUACAGUGGUUGAGAAUAUGCUGGUUGGGAUUGACCCCAAUCUCCCUAUCCGGCGGACAGUGGACCGAGAGUACGACCGAAUGCUCAAGUCCAUGUUCGACUCUCUUCUCGUCAUUGCUCGCGAGAACCCGGCAGUGGGUGUCACGAGCGGUGGAGGAGAUCCCGAGGACAAGGAGGCUCUGAACUUCCACAUUCUUCUCAUUGAGAACAUGAAUCAUUUCGUUGAGGAGACGGACACCCGAGGACUCGAUGUUCUCGAAAUCUGGAAGAACAAUGCAAGCAGGGAGUACCACGAACACAUGGGCUUGUACCUCAAUGCAGUGAUGCGCAGGCCGCUCGGCAAGCUCCUUGAUCACCUGGAGAACAUUGAGGCCCAGCUGCAAUCCGGCAAGGCAGCAACCCUGAUCGCGGCCCAGCCUUCAAACACCAAAACUAUUUUUAACAAGAUCCUCGGCAACUACGACUCCAAGGAGGUGCGCAAGGGCAUCGAAGCGUUGCGGAAGCGAGUGGAGAAGCACUUUGGCGAUGCAGACGAUCCGGCGCUGAGCCGCGAUCUUGUCGCGAAUGUGAUUCGCGAGAGCGAAAAGUUCUACGUGGAUGUUGAGUCGAGAAUCGGACGGAUUAUCACCGAUGUGUACGAGGGCGACGUGCUGUUCGAGUGGCCCAGGGCGGAUGUCAAGGCUGCUUUCAAGUGA